AGAACCCCCCACAGGUUGCUGGGCAACAGUGGAGAGUGUACUGACUGCUACAGAAAGGAGAUAGCUUAGCUUAGCUAAAGCUCAGCCCCUGGAGAUUUCAGUGGGAUUUAGAGGAUCAAUAAUGGCAAGUCAGAGACCACCGUCAGGUAGACCUAUGAGUCGUGGGUCAUUAGUUCCAGGGGCUGGAAGACCACCAACAGCCAUCAGACCUCCACCAACAGCCAUCAGAGUGGGAACUGGGAUGGUACCUGGAACUGGUCGUCCAGGGACGAGGGGCGGACCCAUUGCCACCCCUGGUGUCUUAUCAGCUCAGAUCAAAGUGACCGAUCGUCCUGUUACUCAGCAAGGUCUUAGUGGAAUGAAGACUGGGGGAAAAGGACCCCAGAGGCAAAUUCUGGACAAGUCAUACUACCUUGGCUUACUCAGAGGAAAAAUAAAUGAGCUCACAACUGAGACGAGCAAGCUGCAGAAGGAAAUUGAUGUCUUCAACCAGGAGAACUCUGUUUACCUGUCAUAUGAAAAAAGAGCUGAGGGCCUUGCUGGAGAAAUAAAGGAUUUUCAGGGACAGCUGGCAGACUAUAACAUGCUGGUGGACAAACUGAACACUAACACUGAAAUGGAUGAAGUAAUGAAUGACUUCAAUAUGCUGAGAGCGCAGAAUGACAGAGAAGCCCAGAGCAUGGACGUCAUUUUCACGGAACGAAGAGAGAAGGAGGACAUGAUCCAGGCUGUGGAGGAGGAGAUUGAGCGGGAGAAACAGGCUGCAGAUGACAUAGUGAAAAAAAUGUCCCCAGAGAAACAAGCCAAGUAUGCAGAGAUGAAAGCUGCUAAUGAGGAGCUGCUACAGGAACUGGACGCUCGUCAAGAGGAGCUGGACACUCUGAUGACCAGGAAGGAGACGUUCGAGGCUGAGCUGCUGCACUCUCAGGUGAAGCAGGAGGCCGUGUUGCUGUAUGAGCGCCUGCAGGAGCUGGAGCAGCGCAGAGACGCCAUGCAGGCAGAGGAGAAGAACACCACCUCUCCUCAGGAAGAGAGGGAACGCCUGCUCAAACAGGUGAAAGAAGAUAAUCAGGAAAUAGCCAGCAUGGAGCGGCAGCUAACUGAAACUCGGGAGAAAAUAACUCAGCUCAAUGAAGAGUUGCGACAACUCCACAUGGACAUGGAGGACCACCAAGGUGAAAGAACCCAGAAGUACAAAGAGCUGCAGAAGAAGGAGGAGGAGAUAGAUGCUUACCUGGAGACGUUUGACAACAAUAAAGCUCAGGAGUUUCAGCACAUUCGGGACACCCAGACCAGCAUCGUGUCUCUGCUGGAGCACUCGAGCAGGAUGAUGAAUCGUCUGAAUCUGCUGUCCUCAGUCAGUCCUCAUGAACUCAAGUCCAUGCAGGAGGACCUCAGCUUUAAGGAGACAGAGAUGCAGAAAUCCCAGAGCACAGCCAAGGGACUGUCCUCAGAGAGUGAGCGUCUGCAGCAGGACCUGCUGAAGGUGGAGCAGCUGGAGGGGAAGGUGAUAGCGGAGAUGAACUCUCUGAAGGAAAAGAUCGAGCAGAUGAGCGAUGGCUUGAAGACGUACAGAGACCUGGAUGCUCUUAAAGCUGCUGGAGAGCAGAAAAAGAAGAGGCUGCAGGAGGACAGAGUGUCUCUGACUGAGAGGAGAGACACCUUCAAGAAGAUCAUGCAGAAGAUGAACCAAGAAUACGAGACUCUGGCAGCGCAGUUACAGGAGAACGAGACACAUGCUCAGCUGAGAAAUCUGGAGAGGAAGUGGCAGCACCAUGAACAAAACAACUUCGUUAUGAAAGAAUUCAUCGCCUCGAAGGGCAUGGAGAGCGACUACCGGCCCGUGAUGAAGAAUGUCACCAAGCAGCUGGGCGACUACAAUAAGAUCCUCAUCGAUACCCUGCAGGGCCCCAGAAGCUGAACGCCACUUCCUGUCUCUUGCCGCCCGCCAUUAGGGCUCCACGGCUCCAUUACUGACUCACUUCCUGUUCAGGAGCACUCUCCUACUCAACAUUCCUCAGGCCUGCUGCACGUGCCGCAGAGAUUAGACACGGCUACGGUGGGAACAGUGCGCUCCAUCAUUCUGUAGAUAGGCUUCAGAUGUAAUGAUGUAGAUGGAAAUACACAGAGCACAGAGGUAUGGAGAAGACUGGGUGUGAAUAUACAGUUAAAAUUAUGUUUAUAUGUUUAAAAGGGAUACAUGCAUUAUAUAUGGGAAAACUUGUUUAUUUAUAUAAGGAUAUUUCUGUUAAUAAAUAGAAUACUUUAAAGGGAA